AUGGUCAAAUCUAUCGUUGCCCCUUCUAUUCUUGCCUCCGACUUCGCCAACUUAGGUGCCAACUGUAAGAAAAUUGUCACCUCCGGAGGUGUCGAAUGGUUACAUAUCGACGUGAUGGAUGGCCACUUUGUGCCCAACAUCUCGUUUGGUGCACCCAUCAUCAGCAGUUUGAGAAAGGAGUUCCCUGAAUCCGAUGCCAACCCAGUCUUCUUUGACUGUCACAUGAUGGUUUCCAACCCAGAGCAGUGGAUUGAAGAAAUCGCCAAGGCUGGAGGUAACCAAUAUACUUUCCACGUUGAAGCCACUGACGAUCCAGAAAGAGUGAUAAACGCUAUCAGAGCCAAAGGUAUGAAGGUUGGUUGUGCUGUUAAGCCAGGCACUCCUGUGGAUGCCUUGUUACCCUUUGCAGACAAGUUGGACUUGGCCUUAAUCAUGACAGUCGAACCAGGAUUUGGGGGCCAAAAGUUCAUGCCUGAGAUGAUGAAGAAGGUGGAGGUGUUGAGAAACAAGUUCCCUGAAUUGAACAUCGAGGUUGACGGUGGUUUAGGUAAGGACACCAUUGAUCCAGCAGCCGAAGCUGGUGCCAACGUCAUCGUGGCUGGUACCAGUGUGUUCAAGGCUCAGGACCCCAAGGAGGUUAUUGACUACUUGAACGCCUCCGUCACCAGAAACUUGCAAAAGGUCUGA